AUGCAUCAAGUUUAUGAUAAUACAUUCAAAGAUACACCUGCUGCCGACGUUAAAUUAAUUGUUGGCAAUAAGAAUCGUCGUCCUGCAAAAAAGGAACUCAUUUGUAAACGACCAAAACAAUCCUUAGUUAUCAAUAAGCCAUUCAAAAAACCACAAAGAAAAAGACAACAAUCACGGAAAGAAGAUUCAUCUGAUCCCACGAAGACAUAA